CCCACAACCACUCAGAACUCAAGAAUCAAGGCACCAUGGAUGCUGCCGUGACAGAUGAUUUCCAACACAUUCUGCCUAUUGAACAGCUGCGCUCGACUCACGCUAGCAAUGAUUAUGUGGACCGUCCUCCAGUCCCCUGCAAACAGGCCCUGUCCAGCCCUUCCCUCAUCGUGCAAACCCACAAAUCUGAUUGGUCCCUGGCUACCUUGCCUGCUGCCCUCCCCCGCAGUCUCAGCCAGUGCCAUCAGUUGCAGCCCUUGCCUCAGCAUCUGAGCCAAUCUAGUAUUGCCAGCUCAGUGUCCCACAGUACCACGGCCUCCGAUCAAAGGCUCUUGUCCAGCAUCACGCCCUCCCCCUCAGGCCAGUCCGUCAUCCGAACCCAGCCUGGAACGGGAGCCCACCCAAAGGCUGAUGGUGCUCUGAAGGGAGAAGCUGAGCUGUCUGCAGGGCACCCGAGUGAGCACCUCUUCAUCUGCGAGGAGUGUGGGCGCUGCAAGUGUGUCCUCUGUACGGCAGCUCGCCCUCUGCCCUCCUGCUGGCUGUGCAACCAGCGGUGCCUUUGCUCCGCUGAGAGCCUGCUCGAUUACGGCACUUGUCUGUGCUGCGUGCAGGGCCUCUUCUACCACUGCUCCACGGAUGACGAAGACAACUGCGCUGACGAGCCCUGCUCCUGCGGGCCCGGCGCCUGCUUCGUGCGCUGGGCGGCCAUGGGCCUCAUCUCCCUCUUCUUGCCCUGCCUGUGCUGCUACCUGCCUACUCGUGGAUGCCUGCACCUGUGCCAGCGGGGCUAUGACGGCCUCAGGCGCCCAGGCUGCCGCUGUAAAAGGCACACCAACACUGUGUGCAGAAAAAUCCCUGCUGGCAGCGCGCCCUUCCCCAAGGCCCAGGAGAAGUCUGUAUGA